CUUCUCAACGGCCUGGAGCCCGGGGCAGCCUGGACCCCUCUGACCUGAACAGGCAGGUGGCUGACAGCCAAGCUUCCCUAGAAAGAGAAGGACUCCUGCCCAUCCUCGCCUUGAGGGACCGUCCAAAAAUGCCCACUAACCACAGCUCUGGGUCCUGGCUGCUUUCUCUUCUGGUGGCGGGUGCUUUGGGUGACGGGCUUUCUGGCUCAGUGUCCAAUCAGUGGGGCCUCGGGUGAAGGUGGUGCCCGUCGUGGCUACCACCAUGACAACAGCGGGCAACUGGGGCUGCUGGUGGCCAAUCUCACUGGGCACAGUGAUGGUUCUGUUUCUGAUGCCCUUACUCUGGUGGGCUCUGCUAGCAUCAAUGCCCCUGGGUCUUGGGGGUCUGAUUUGCUACCUGCUUCUGGGCAUCUCUCUCGCCCUGGCCACCAGGACGGGGUGCCCUCCUCCCUGCCAAGACUGGCUUCGGCCCAGGGGCACUGCGUGCCGCUGCCAGCCAAUCUACCCUUCUGCAGCCACCCCGGCACCGAGCGCUUCUGGCUGCCCAACUACGCCCACCAUGACAGUGCCAAGCAGGUGUGGGCGGCCCUGCAAGAGUGGGAGGGGCUGCUGCGCACACGGUGCCACCGCUUCCUUGAAGCCUUCUUCUGCUUGCUGCUCGUGCCCCAGUGUAGCACCUCCAAUCCCUUGUUGUCGCCGCCACCAUGCCGGGAGUUCUGUGAGGGCCUUCGAGACCUGUGCUGGAGCCAGCUGCACAAGGGCCGGCUGCCCGUGCCCUGCUCCUCACUCCCAGCCCAGGGGGGAUGCCCAGCAGGCCUGUGUGUUUAUAGACGUGACUGCAGAAAACUUCAGUGCCGAAGUGAGCCUCCCUCAGCUCAUUGGGCAGCCUCCCCCCAAGCACAUCUCCCAGAUUGAUGACCCUGACAUCGGCCUCGCCUACGUCUUUGGGCCCAAUGCCAACAGUGGCCAGGUGGCGCGGUACCACGUGCCCAACCCCUUCUACCGAGACUUCUCCCUGCUCUUUCACAUCAAGCCCACCAGUGAGCGGGCCGGGGUGCUGCUGGCACUCACCGACGCAGCCCAGGCGGUCAUCGCUAUGGGCGUGAAGAUCUCAGAACCCUACAGUGGCAAACAAGACGUGCUCUUCUUCUACACGGAGCCGGGUGUCGGGGAGACACGCACGGCGGCCAGCUUCAGCCUGCCGUCCUUUGUGAACCAGUGGACGCGCUUUGCCAUCAGUGUGGAUGGCGACGAGGUUGCCCUGUACGUGAACUGUAAGGAGAUCCAGAGGCUCCCUCUGGACCGGUCUUUGCAGGAGCUGGAGCUGGAGCCUGGUGCCGGCCUCUUUGUGGCCCAGGCGGGAGGAGCCGACCCCGACAAGUUCCAGGGGGUGAUCUCCGAGUUAAAGAUGCGAGGGGACCCUCGGGUGACUCUGCUGCAGUGUCUUGAUGAUGACGAUGAUGACAGUGACGGCGCGUCUGGAGACUUUGGAAGUGGAGCGGACGAGCAGGGAGGACCCUCAGGGUCAGACAUGGGGCCUCCCCUGUCACCCAGCCUCCCCAUGCCUCCUCCAGUCACGUUGCUGCCCCUGGACACGACCACCAUGAGUUUGCAGCCGGGCCUUGUCAAGGUGGAGGGCGCCCACGUAUCUUCCUCAGGAGCUCGGCUUGAUUCCCGUGGAGAGGAGGGGGCUAGAGGCCCCACAAGGCCUGAAGGGACACUGGACCAGGCCAGAAGAAUAACAGAGGAAGGUACCAGAUACAUGUCUCCAGGCUUGAAGGGACAGAAAGGUGAACCUGGGGUCCAGGGCCCACCUGGACCUGUUGGUCCCCAGGGACCCGCCGGCCCUGCUAUCCCGAGUCCAGAUGGUUCCACGGUGCAGCAGGUGCCUGGGCCACAAGGACCCCCAGGGCCUACUGGACCCCCUGGGAAGAAUGGAGAGCCUGGUGAUCCUGGUGAGGAUGGAAAACCUGGUGAGAUGGGGCCUCAGGGUUUCCCAGGAACUCCAGGAGAUGUGGGGCCCAAGGGCGACAAGGGAGAUCCUGGCACUGGGCCGAGGGGCCCACCUGGCCCACCAGGGCCCCCAGGACCUCCUGGACCUGCUUUCAGACCUGACAAGUUGACUUUUAUCGACAUGGAAGGGUCUGGCUUUGGAGGGGACCCAGAGAGUCUACGGGGUCCGCGAGGUUUCCCAGGGCCCCCGGGGCCUCCAGGCGUGCCAGGCUUGCCAGGAGAGCCAGGGCGGUUUGGAAUGAACAGCACCGACGGCCCCGCCCCCCCAGGCCUUCCUGGGGUGCCAGGCAGAGAUGGCUCCCCCGGACUCCGAGGACCCCCGGGCCCCCCAGGCCUUCCAGGAAAGGAUGGACAGCCCGGGGAGCAAGGGCAGAAAGGAGAUCGGGGUGACAUGGGCUCCCCAGGACCACAGGGCAGCAAGGGUGACAUCGGCCCAGUUGGUGCUCCUGGUGAAACAGGCUUGGCUGGUCUCCCUGGACCCAUGGGCCCUCGGGGGCUGCCGGGCCCCCCUGGCCCUCCAGGGCCACCUGGCGCAGGCUGGGCAGCUGGAUUUGAUGACAUGGAAGGUUCUGGGCUGCCGUUCUGGACCGCUGUCCCUGGCACCCGCGGGGCCGAAGGACCACAGGGACUACCUGGAUUUCCUGGGCUCAAGGGAGAUCGUGGCUCGGUUGGACAACCUGGAGAAAAGGGUGAUCCUGGCUUUCCUGGGCCACCUGGGAGUGAAGGCAUGCCAGGGCCUCAGGGGCCAAAAGGAGAUCCAGGAAGCCAGGGGCAGAAGGGAGAACCAGGGAAGGAUGGUGUGGGGCAGCCUGGCCCUCCCGGGCCUCCCGGGCCUCCAGGAGAGAUGACCUACGUAUCCGAGGAAGGGAAAACAUUUGCAAGCGUGUCAGGGCGUGAGGGCAGACCCGGCUAUGCUGGAUUCCCGGGCCCAGCUGGUCCAAAGGGAGAUACUGGUGCUCAUGGACCACAGGGUUCCCCUGGCGCCAAGGGGGAGAAGGGCGAACCUGGAAGUGUCCUCACACUUUCCGAGAAAGGAGCCAAGGGGGACCAAGGCUACAGGGGGCCCCCGGGCCCAUAUGGACGCCCUGGGCACAAAGGCGAAAUUGGAAUUCCUGGAAGACCAGGCCGCCCGGGCAUGAACGGACUGAAGGGGGAGAAGGGUGAGCCUGCAGAUGCCAACAGAGCCGUGGGACCCAGGGGCCCUCCUGGACUCCCAGGGCCCCCAGGGCCCCCAGGGGCCCCAGGCCUCCUUGGGACUUCCUUCUAUGACAAUAAUGGAUUCCUCGAGCCUGGCCGCCCUGGGCCUCCAGGAUUGCCGGGUUACCAAGGUUCCCCUGGACCCAAGGGUGACAAGGGAGAAGCCGGACCUGCUGGGCCACCAGGCAUUUUGCCAUAUGAUUUUAGCACUUUGGUGGAGCACAUGAAGGGCGAAAAGGGGGAAGAAGGCGUGAAAGGGGAAAAGGGUGAACCUGGCAGUGGAGGAUUUUUCAGCUCUGGAGUCCCAGGCCUGCCCGGCCCCCCGGGCCCCCCGGGGUACCCCGGUGUUCCGGGUCCCAAGGGAGAGAGCAUCAGGGGUCAGCCUGGUCCCCCAGGACCUCAGGGGCCUCCAGGCAUAGGCUAUGAAGGACGGCAGGGCCCCCCUGGGCCUCCUGGCCCCCCAGGACCACCGUCAUUCCCAGGACCCCACAGGCAGACUAUCAGUGUCCCUGGCCCCCCAGGUCCCCCAGGCCCCCCCGGACCCCCAGGGACUUCAGGGACAUCAUCAGGGCAGCUGAGAAUCUGGACAAGCUACCAGGCCAUGCUCAACAAAGCCCACGAGGUGCCUGAGGGCUGGCUGGUCUAUGUGGCGGAGAGGGAAGAGCUGUACGUUCGCGUGCGCAGAGGCUUCAAGAAAGUCCUGCUGGAGGCCCAGACCGUGCUCUCUCGUGGGGCGGAUAAUGAGGUUGCUGUCCUGCAGCCACCCAUCGUAGAGUACUCACCAGGGAACUCGGCCCCGUCAGGCUCCCACAUUCAAGAUGGCAACCUCCCCUAUCCUCACCGGGGCUACCCACAUUCAACUGCCAAGCCCUGGCGAGCCGACGACAUCCAGGCCAACCACCCGCGAUUCUCCGAGCAUGGCGGUCACCACCCGCCAUACCACGGCGUCCAACAGCACCCUCACGACCGCAUCCCCAGCUACCACGGCUCCUACACCAACGUCCGGCCUGCACAGCCCACGGCCUCUCCGCUGCACGUGCACCAUGACUUCCAGCCCGCACUCCACCUCGUUGCUCUCAAUGGUCCCCAGACGGGCAGCAUGCGUGGCAUCCGUGGGGCUGACUUCCAGUGCUUUCAGCAGGCCCGGGAGGUGGGCUUGAUGGGCACCUUCCGGGCCUUCCUGUCCUCCAGGCUUCAAGACCUCUACAGCAUAGUCCGCAGGGCGGACCGCGGCAGUGUGCCCAUCUUCAAUCUCCAGGACGAGAUGCUCUUUGAUAGCUGGGAGGCCCUGUUCUCAGGCUCAGAAGGCCAGCUCAAGCCCGGUUCACGCAUCCUCUCCUUCGACGGCAAGGAUGUCCUGCGGCACUCUGCCUGGCCGCAGAAGAGCGUGUGGCAUGGAUCCGAUGCCAAGGGACGCCGGCUGACAGAGAGCUACUGUGAGACCUGGCGGACAGACGAAGGGGCCGCCACCGGCCAGGCGUCCUCCCUGUUCUCGGGCAAACUGCUCGAGCAGAAGGCUGUGAGCUGCCGAAACAGCUUCAUUGUCCUCUGCAUCGAGAACAGCUUCAUGACCUCCUCCUCCAAGAAGUAGGAGCCCGUCCCUGCCCACUGGGGGUGACUGACGGACAUGCGGGGGACAGGGACAGGUUCCAGGAAUGACUGGCAGUCCCGGCUCCCCAGGCCCAAGGGGCCAGAGGGGCCUGAGGGGCCAGCCCCGACUGGCUCUGGCCCAGCCAGCCCACGGCCAGCGCGGCCCCAACUUUCAUGUAAUCGCUGAAGAAAUAAAAAGAAGCCAAAGAGUGUAUUUUUAAAA